UUUUUUUUUGUAGAGAGAACACUUGACAGCAUUACUCAGCUGCUACAGUUAGUUAUGCCUGUUAUGAAAGAUGAAAGAGAAGCCAAAACUCGCUCGUCCCCGCGUUGGCGUCACAGCCCGAGCUCGGCCAUCAGCGUCAUAGCCCCCCUCUAGCCGACACGAUGCUUCGCACAAUACCAGCCCGCGUCCUCCAGAGGGCCGCGCUGCGCCGCCCGUGCAACAAGGCCGCCGCCCGGCUCCUCUCGACAAGCGUCCGCUACGCAAUGCCCGCCUCCCCGCUCCCACCCGUCGAGCCCCCCCUGACGGCCGCGCUGCCGUCGGACGCGUUCCAGAUCCUCCCGGAGAAGCUGAAGGCGGGAGCGGCCGAGGACGCCCUGUACGAGCAGCAAAUACGCGACGUCCAGGCAUGGUGGGCCACACCGCGCUACGAGGGCAUCACGAGGCCUUACACGGCCGACGACGUCGUGUCCAAGCGCGGCUCGCAGCAGCAGUCGUACCCGUGCUCGACCAUGGCCAGGAAGCUGUGGAACCUGAUCAAGGAGAGAGAGGCCAAGGGCGAGCCCAUCCACACGAUGGGCGCCAUCGACCCGAUCCAGAUGACGCAGCAGGCCGCGCACCAAGAGGUCCUCUACGUGUCGGGCUGGGCCUGCUCGGCCGUGCUGACGACGACCAACGAGGUGUCGCCCGACUUUGGCGACUACCCCUACAACACGGUGCCGAACCAGGUGCAGCGCCUGGCCAAGGCGCAGUCCAUGCACGACCGCAAGCAGUGGGACGCGCGCCGCAAGCUGUCGGCGCCGGACCGGGGCGCGAGCCCCUACGUCGACUACCUGCGGCCCAUCGUGGCCGACGGCGACACGGGCCACGGCGGGCUGUCGGCCGUGGUCAAGCUCGCCAAGCUCUUCGCCGAGAACGGCGCGGCGGCGGUGCACUUUGAGGACCAGCUGCACGGCGGCAAGAAGUGCGGCCACCUGGCCGGCAAGGUGCUGGUGCCCACGGGCGAGCACAUCAACCGGCUCGUGGCCGCGCGCUUCCAGUGGGACGUCAUGGGGGUCGAGAACCUCGUCAUCGCGCGCACCGACUCGGAGAGCGGCCGCCUCAUCAGCUCCGCCGUCGACGUGCGCGACCACGAGUUCAUCCUCGGCGUCUCCGACCCAGUCGUCGAGCCGCUCGCCGAGACCCUGCAGGCCAUGGAGGCGCGCGGCGCCGCCUCGGGCGAGAUCGACGCCUUCGAGUCCGCCUUCUCGCGCGACACGCCCCUCGUCACCUUUGACGAGGCCGCCGCCGCCCACCUCGGGCAGCACGCGUCCGAGCCCGCAGCGGUCGGUAAAUACGCCGACGCCGUCGCCAAGGACCGCAGCAUGGGCAUCUCGGCCCGCCGCGCCCUCGCCAGGUCCCUGCUGCCCGCGGGCGCGCCCGACGUCUACUUCAGCUGGGACGUGCCGCGCACGCGCGAGGGCUUCUACCACUUCCGCGCGGGCAUGGCGGCGGCCACCAAGCGCGCGCUGUCGUUCGCGCCCUACGCAGACCUGCUGUGGGUCGAGACGGGCGACCCGAGCGUGUCGGUGUGCCGCCAGCUAGGCCGCGCCGUCCGGUCGGCGCACCCGGGCAAGGGGCUCGUCUACAACCUCAGCCCGUCCUUCAACUGGGCCGGCCACGGCUUCAGCGAGCAGACGCUCAAGAGCUUCGUGUGGGACAUCGCCAAGGAAGGCUUCGUCCUGCAGCUCGUCAGCCUCGCGGGCGUCCACUCGACGGCCGCCGCCACGUGCGAGCUGGCGCGCGGCUUCAAGGAGGACGGCAUGCUGGCCUACGUUAACCUGGUGCAGCGCCGCGAGAAGGAGCUCGGGUGCGACGUGCUCACGCACCAGAAGUGGAGCGGCGCCCCCUACAUGGACGGCAUCCUUGGCGCUAUCCAGAGCGGGAGCUCGAGUAGCAAAAGCAUGGGCGCGGGCAACACCGAGGGCCAGUUUGAGUAGGGGGUUAGAUAUGUUGUAUUAACUCACCUUAUAUAUGUGUUAAGGGUUGGUUUGUUUCGCAUUUCUCGAAGUUCCGGAUGAUAAUAACGCAUUUAACGCUACUUGUAAGCUUAAAAAGGGCAUAAACGGAUGUAUUCAUAAUAUAUUUCAAACAAGGUUUUCCUUUAAGUGUAUGUUAAAGCUUACUACCUUGCACUUACCCUGCACUUUUUAAAACUGCUUACCCUGCACUUACACUGAACUAUUUAUACUUACCCUGCACUUUUUUAAAUU